AUGCCAGGCUGGAAAGUCUUGAGGUCAAGGCUUUCGGAAAUCGAGAUGCGCUGCAUUCGACUAGGCUUCACCACGGGUGUAGUGCUGUCCUUUCUGCAGGCAGAGGUUUCGAGUGAGCCUUUGCGGCUUUUAUCGGCAGGGCUCACCAACAUCUUCCAGGUCAUCCAGAUGAUCGUCAACCUUGCAGUGAUUCUGACAGUGAACCAGAACUUGCAGAUCAUCGACAUCGGCCUUUCCGACACACAAUUUUCGCCCACAGCCAUCCUCAUGUACCGGAAGCAGCAGGCUUACUUCCGCUUCCGAGCCGCGUUCUAUCUAAUGUUUCUGCGACCCACUAUCGUGGCCUGGCUACACCUCACGGUGCUGCGGGGGAACACGGAGUGGCUAGUCUUUGGGCUCAGCCAGGUCUUGGCUUUGGUGGUCUACCUCUUGUUGCUGGAUGGCCUUAGGCCCACCACAGACAAGCGGGGCUUGAUGAAGCUUUGGCGCUCGGAAGUGCGCUCGAGGAGCAGAAGCCCCCGGCCAGCUGGCCUGGAGGCUCCGGCAGCCGCAGGUACCAACCUGGGAGCACAGACAGAGCCUACGGAGGAGGCUGCCAUUCCGGAGCUCGCAACGCCCUACGUGGAGUUCUGA